GACUAAGUUCUUCCCCAUCAAUUUUUGUGUGUUUAAGAAGAAGCCAGCAAUGGUUAAAAAGAUAUUUGACUUGGGGCCAUGUUUUGAAUACUUUAGCUUAAGAGGAACCACCCAAGUAUGACUUCAUUGAUGAUCCAAACAAGAUUGGAAUAACAUGUUUCCACUUAUAAUCAAAAUGUACCUGUUUAUUAUGUAUAUUACGAUUGCACUUUGCAUGGCUGUUUCAAGGUCUAGGGGUUAGAUCUUAUCUUUAAAGGAAAUGGAAAUGAAAAUCAGGAGAGAUGUAAAAGGUAUGCUGAUUCAUUGUCACGCUAUUGCACAAACUCAAAAUCUACACCAGGGAGUUCUUCUAACAUCCUGGAUCAUGUCUACAAAAGAAGUUUUAUCAAGUAAUCUAUCAGAGUCAUAUAGUGUACUGGAGCUACCAAUGACAUACAGCUUACCAAAUGUAGGUCAUCAGCUGAUGUCUGAUGAAGUUAAUGCCAGGUAUACUUCAGAUUCUACUGUUAACGCUUCUUUCUCAAUGAUGCCGGUAGUAAAUACAGAUUCAAACCCUGAAGAUGGCAUCUCCUCUAUUGAGGUUGCAGAGUUGGAUCCGAGCAAUGAUGAUGAGCACGGACGUAUCAACAUUACACAGACAAUGGAAGAAUUUUUUAAAGAUGCAGAGCAAAGGAAACUACUGGCAUCUAAUCCUGUCUCUGAACAAAUUGCACAUUUGCUGACCUCAAAAAUUUCACAACUGAAAAAAGGAGGUGGCCAGUAUCUCCUGCGAAGCUUCCAAAUGGCCCUGGUUUUGUUCAAUAGGCAUGGUGCCAGCAUUUUCAAAAAAGAGACUAUUAAGGGUGGGCAUUUCUCCUCUGUCAAUUCUGCUGUCGAUUCUGCAGAAUUCAGCCCUUUGCCUGGACUUUCAAAGGAUGUUGUCAAUUUCAUUUUUCAGGAGAUUUCAAAAUGAGCAAAUACAAGGAUACAGAACAUUUUAAAAAUAUUUUAUAUAAAAUUAUAUUUUGUGACAAUUAUGACCUAAAAUUACUAUCAGUGUGAAUUGUAAAUGAACGCUUAAUGCAGUUGUAUGAGAGUCAUCUGAUUUUUUAGUUUAAUGCAGGCUUUAAUCCAUUUAAAAUAAACAGGUGAGUACGUACAUUAAAAUAUCAAAGGGAUGGUAUAGAAGCGUUUGACCCUUAAUAUAGCUGAGAGUUAUUUCUAGGCUUAUAUUUUAAAAGAUAGGAUUGAUUUUAUCUAAGAGUUCUAUCAUAUUUAAAACAAAUGAAUUCAUAAUUCUGAGUUUAUCAUAUCUAUAAAAUUGCUAUGAAAAUACAGUGCCUCAAAAUGCUUUUUUUUUUACAUUUCCAAUAAAUUCAAGCAAAAUAUCCUCUACUAGGUAGUUCAACAAGCUGAAGGAGAAAGUCUAAUCCAACAAAAGAUUUUUAACAAACUAGAAACCUGUAUAUGGCCUCUCAGCUUCUUGAUCACACACACGGACUGGGAGGAUGUUGCUAUGAAAAGGAAAAAAUAAUUUUAAAAUGGAAUCAAAUAUUGUUUUAUUUAUUGUUGUAUCUUGGAUGAAAUACAGUGCUCAGAAUAUUGAGAAAUGCACAUGAAUUGGUUCAAUUAUGGGAAAGGUAGAGAGAAUUAUGAUAAGUUAUAUUAUCUGCUGGUCACAAAAUCAUUUUUUUUCUGUCACUGUUCAAUCAACUUUGUAGAUUAUACAAAUUAUAAAGGUUCAGAGGCCAGA